CGCGCACUCUUCCUCACUCUCUCAGUGCGCUCUUCCAAAAAUCUAUAUAAUCCUUAUCACCAGUCCACUACCACCAAGACAACCGCCAUCAUCGAGCUCCUCUCUCUCGUUCAGUCUCGGCAAUGCUCCUUGCGGCUCUCUCGCAGUUCCCAGCUCCCAUUAAUGGGGGAUCUCUCGGUUUACAGUCUGGAAUUUUUGAUUCUUUUAACGGGUCAUCCUCACCUAUGGCUUCCCCUUUCAGGCUUCCUAAGAAACGCUCUCAACUCAGGUGCCAGUCAACUGGUAUUGAAGAGGCAAAGACGAAAAGAAAUCUCCUCGAUAAUGCCAGCAACCUUCUUACUAAUUUGUUAAGUGGGGGUAAUCUUGGUUCCAUGCCGACAGCUGAAGGUGCCGUCUCUGACCUUUUUGGCAGGCCACUUUUCUUUUCACUCUAUGAUUGGUUCUUGGAGCAUGGUUCCGUUUAUAAACUUGCAUUUGGGCCAAAGGCUUUUGUUGUGGUAUCUGAUCCUAUUGUUGCAAGGCAUGUUCUUCGAGAAAAUGCAUUUUCAUAUGACAAGGGAGUUCUUGCUGAAAUUCUAGAGCCAAUAAUGGGAAAAGGACUUAUUCCAGCAGACAUUGAAACCUGGAAACUUCGGAGGAAAGUUAUUGUACCUGCAUUUCAUUCUUCAUUCCUAGAAGCCAUGGUCAAUGUUUUCACUGAUUGUUCGGAGAGGACGAUGUUGAAAUUUGAGAAGCACAUUGAAAGUGAUAAGCCUGGAGAAAAAACUGUUGAGUUGGAUCUUGAAGCAGAAUUUUCAAGUUUGGCUCUCGACAUUAUUGGUUUGGGUGUGUUUAACUAUGACUUUGGGUCUGUCACUAAAGAAUCUCCUGUGAUUAAGGCAGUGUAUGGAACACUUUUUGAAGCUGAACACCGAUCAACAUUUUACAUUCCUUACUGGAAUCUCCCUUUUGCAAGAUGGAUUGUUCCAAGGCAGCGUAAGUUUCAUAAUGAUUUGAAGAUUAUAAAUGAUUGUCUUGAUGACCUUAUCAAGAAUGCAAAGAAGACAAGGCAGGAAACUGAUGUUGAGAAACUUCAACAAAGAGAUUACACAGCUCUCAAGGAUGCAAGUUUGCUGCGGUUUUUGGUUGAUAUGAGGGGUGCUGAUGUUAAUGAUCGUCAACUUAGGGAUGACCUCAUGACAAUGCUAAUUGCGGGGCAUGAAACAACUGCUGCUGUACUCACUUGGGCUGUUUUUCUUCUUGCCCAGAACCCUUCGAAAAUGAGGAAGGCUCAAGCUGAGAUUGAUUCUGUACUUGGUGAAGGGAAAACAACUUUAGAAUGCAUCAAGAAACUUGAGUACAUCCGCUUGAUCAUUGCUGAGGCACUCCGGCUGUAUCCUCAACCUCCAUUACUUAUUAGGCGUGCCCUUCAGAGAGACGUACUUCCUGGAGGAUACAAGGGUCAGGAUGAUGGAUUUGAAAUACCUGCUGGAACAGAUAUCUUCCUUUCAGUUUAUAACCUUCAUAGAUCACCAUAUUUUUGGGACAGACCAAAUGAUUUUGAGCCUGAGAGGUUCUUAGUUCCAAAGAAGAGUGAAGGCAUUGAAGGGUGGGCAGGCUUUGAUCCAGGCCGAAGUCCUGGCGCAAUGUAUCCGAAUGAGGUGAUUUCGGAUUUUGCCUUUCUACCAUUCGGAGGAGGACCACGCAAGUGUGUUGGAGACCAAUUUGCACUCCUGGAAUCAACUGUAGCAUUGGCCAUGCUGCUCCAAAGGUUUGAUGUGGAGCUAAGAGGAUCACCCAACGAGGUUGAACUAGUGACAGGAGCAACAAUUCACACCAAAAAUGGCCUAUGGUGCAGAUUAAAGAACAGAACUUCAAAGGCACACAAACAGUACUGAGAACCUAAGCUGUGGGUUGGUGGUGGGAAAUCUGGGGGUCUUGCAACUUACUUUUCCAGCACAUGCUUUGAAAGGUCCAAAUCAUCAUCGUCAUCUAAUCUUAAGGGGGCUCUUUUCAAUCCACCAUCUUUUUGGACUUGGCCGACAUGAGACAUGAGUUCCCCCCCAAGAUUAUUGAAACCCAGUUAUUCUUAUUAUGCUCUGUUUUCUACUCAAAAUGUAUUUUAAAAUCUUGUAUCCGGAUAUCAUAUACUGAUAUUUUUAUUCCCAAUUUUUGAAAUGCAAUAAUUGAAGUAGUAUUUUCAAUUA